AUGAAGAUCGCCUGGGAAAGCGAGAAUUGGCCUGGGGCCAAGAUUGAUCCAGGCAUAACCUGCCUGGCAUGGAUGCACCAACCCGAUCUACCAGGGCAAGGUAUGCUCGGCAUCGGUAACGAGUCGGGCGCCGUCGGCAUCACGUUAACGUCUGAGAAGCCGAUAAAGGAUGAUCAGCAAAGGUACAACUUCAAUCUUCGCGGGCACCACUCGACAAUUUGCAUGACCGCCUGGAACAAGCCGCAGUGCAAGCUGGCCUCCUGCGACUCGUCAGGCGUCAUCUACGUGUGGGUGCGAAACGACGACCGCUGGUCGGUCGAGCUGGUCAACGACCGCGGCGUGAAGGUGCGUGACCUGGCCUGGAGUCCGUGUGGCCAAAGCGCCCUCAUCUGCUACGAGGACAACUUUGUGCUUGUCGGCAGCGCCUCCGGCCAACGGAUAUGGAGCCACCAGUUCCCACAGGACGACCCGAACAUGCAGGUGAACUGCGGCGUCUGGGCGGCCGAGUCACGCGAGAUAAUCCUCGGCUUCGCCUCCGGGAUGUUCCAGGUAAUGUUCUGCGACGGUGGCAACAUCACAGAACGCCGCAUAUCUGACUCACCCAUCGAGGAAAUGGCUUGUUCGACGGAACGGGACGGGAAAUGGACGCUCGCUCUCCUGACCGAGGAUGGGCAUCUGAAGAUGAUAUCAGCGUAUGAUCAGGUCGUUCCCCACUCUUACGAGUGCAAAGAGCGAAUACGUCGGAUACAGUGGAACACCGCAGGCACGCAGCUAGCGGCCAUCAGCCAUAAAGACGAGGUGUUGGUCUUCAAUGUUGACGCUCAGCUGAUCCACCGGGAGCGCGUUCCCGUGCCGAAGGGAAAAGAGCUGACCGCCUUCACUUGGGUGAACGAGGGCAAGGCGCUGAUGUUCGCGGCAGGAGGUCACGUCGCCGUCGGCAAGUUGAUGGAAGGCGACGUCAUUCCCACGCUGUUCAACCUCGUCAAAUACGCGCUGUGGCAAGACCUCGACGCGACCGGCCGAAAGGUGGACUCCUUGAAGUUGCCGGGAUGGGCGAAACGCGAGAUAGCAGAUCAUGACCAUCAUGUUGUUCGCUGUCGAAUCCCGCGACCCGACGACCUGUGUCAGUUUAUUUGCACAGUGCAUGAGGCGCGCUCGUACUGCACCAUCCGCCCGCUGUCUCGGGGAAGCCCCUCCUACGUGCUCUGUAUGGAGCAUAUGGGAGGGCUUGUACCGCUUCUCGUCGGUCGCCAAGUGAACCGCUUCCUUCCUCAAUUCUACAUCUCAUUGCAUCACGAGGCCACGGCGGGCGCAACCACGACGACCCGGCAAGCCCAUACCACGGGCCGGCAGAUCCCGAUCGGGUCUUCGGCCCAAGUUGAAGAUAUGUCCCUCAUCUCGAGGUCGACCACCGGCCGAAAUUCCCUGUGGCGGAAGAGCAAGCGUCAAUUGCGAGCCCUGAUGACCCGGCACGUGAAUGCGGCUGUCCGACCGGCCCGUGUCGACACCCGACUCGUGCACGUCACCUCCAACGUCUGGUGCACCCGAUUCCAAGUGACUUCGAUGGCGCCCAGGCUGUUGCCGCCCUACCUGGCACAGAUCAUCUACAAAACGUCGGUGCUGCACCUGCAGCCCCGGCAGAUGACCGUCGAGCUGUGCAACAUGGGCAAGAAGCACCGGAUGCAGGCACGGACUGGAGCCGCCGCCGCCGCGCCACAGCCCGAACCGUCGAUGCAUCACGACGCGGAGGACGAGGCGUUGUUGAAUGAGGCGGAUGACUCGGAUCUGACCAAUCUACUCUAUGGUGCCCAAAUCGGGUCCCAGAACGACACGGAACGGGACGAUGGACUCACGCUGGAGGAGCAGCGGUUUUUCGAUAAGGUUCUAACCGAGUGUGCCUCCUUACGCGCCGCUAUGGAAAUGGCCGUCCCGUCGACGUCUUCCGACUACGUGAACAGCAAGAAAAGCGAGGGUACGACGACCCACGCGAGCACCUCCUUCUCCGAGGUCGCUUCGCCAUCGCUGUCGCAUGCCGAGAUCGGGUCGUUGGCCACGUCGGCGAUCAGCUGGCAAGAGGAGGUCGACUCGAUGGAGUUCAUCGAUGGCGUCGACGAAGAAACGGCCCUUCUAACCGCAAGGAAGAAAGGCUUGAAGAAAUCGGAGCAGCCCGGCACUUCGAAGGCUUCGAAAGAAGCGCUCAAAAAAGGCGCCGAGCUCAUGAAACGAAGAAAAGAGAUCAAAAAGGACCAAGAAGAAAUACGACAGCUCCUCGACAAACUCUCGCGAAUAGCCGAACAAAUCGGGAAACGACAGCUUGAUUUUAAAAAGAACCGCGACCGCGACUCGAUACGAAAGAUGCGAUCCCAGGUGAAGGAGUUACUGCGGAGGGUGAACGAGAUUGAGAUGAAGGUGGACGGGGCCGACUUGCGCGGCGAGGUGAAACAGCUCAUCCAGACGAUCGAAGAGAUGAAACGUGCCUUGGGUGAGGGCGCCCGGGGAAAGGAGACGCACAAGCUCGCCGCUGAUCUGCUCACCCUUCAUAACAAGGCUCCGAUCUGGAACGAGACGAACCAGGUUUACCAGUUGGACUUUGGCGGACGCGUGACGCAAGAGUCGGCGAAGAACUUCCAGAUCGAGGUCAACUCCAAGCAGGUGCUCCAAUUCGGGCGCAUCGAGGGCGGCGCGUACACGCUCGACUUCCGCGCGCCCUUUUGCGGCGCGCAGGCGUUCGCCGUCGCACUCGCCAGCAUCACGCAACGGCUGAAA